AUGACGGAUCUACUGACUCUACUGGCAAACAGAACAAAUACACAUUGUCCUCCACUCACCGUACCAACCGUCAAAGAUGACGUGGUGGGAUGCUCGUACACAAAUUGGGCAUACGCUGUGUUUGCAGCAGUUGCGUUAAUUAUUGCGGCAAUACCAUUUGUUGCCUUUAUUUGCUACGUGCAGAGGCGAGUGAAGAAUAAACAUCGAGCAAGAGCUCUUGCACGCAGUACCAGUUAUGAGAGCUCUGGUGCAUAUCCAUACCAGGUUGGUUUAAUAACAUUACAACCUUGUGUAGAGCACUUCCUGCAUUGAUUUUAAAGAGCAGUCGGUAUUUAUGUUCAAGAAGAGAUUCAUCAGUGCUAGUUGCAUCAAAAGUAAAAACCUCCAGCCCUUCUAUAGCUUCUUGAUUCCAAGGGGAAGUGGGGUGCUGUCAGCGGUACAUCUUUGUGCCUGAGUUAAAAGAUACAGCCCUUUCCUUAAAAAAAUACCAUAGUACUCUUAAAAGUUAAGCUUUUAGCCUUGUAGUCAGGAAAAGUCAUGCUCCAGGUUUUCUUUUUAAUUGACGGAAACUAAAUGGCCAUUUAACAGCUCGCCGUAAAUUUGCAUAAUUAUUACAACAGGAGGGGAAAGAAGUGUUGUCAAGUGGCCAGUACAUCAGACUCACAAUCCUGGGGUCCCAAGUUCAAGUUCCACUUCAACCUGCUAGCUGGAUUUCUUCUUGCUUAUCCCAAGUUUAAAAUCACUGUGCGACAAAUGCAGACUGCAGACUGGCAGAUAAACGAAGUAAACAUUGUUGUAGAAUGCUCUAACAGAUUCCCUAAACUAAACUUUUAAAUGACUUAAACUUUAGGGAUAGGGACUCUGUUAAAGCAUUCCACAACAAAGUUUUCCUCGUUUACCUGCCAGUCUACAAGUCUGCAGUCUGCGUUUGUCGCACAUCGGCUUAAAAUGUCAUGCUUGUCAUGCUUGUAAAUGGCCAACUGGUUGUCUCCUGUCAGUUUUGAUUCUUUACCUUGUUAUUUUGACCAAAAGUUGAUCUAGUCAUGGAUUAAUCAACAGUUUAUUUUACUCCACUUUGUCUCUCUUCACCCAGGUUUACAAAUGGGUACUUGGGACAUACUGCUGGGGGGUAACCCUGUGAUGGAUUAGCAUCCCGUCCAGGGGGAGAGUAGCAAUACUCCUAGCUAUGCUUCAUACUAAGGAAACUGGGAUAAGCUCCAGCCGUUUGGGCCUUUGGCUUGUAUGCACCUUUACUUUACCUUACCUUACUUUUUUUUUCAGCCUCUACAUGGUGGUGGGCAAGGUAGACUUGCCAAUUAUGGAGCUAUAGACAGUGGUACAGAGGAGCAACAAGCUUUAAGAUGUGAGUGACACGUAGUGAAGUGAAUGCUGAGAUUAUCAUAUUUACAACAUUUUUUUAGUUAAAGGAGUAAAACUGCUAUUCACAAACAGUGUACGGUCAGAUGCUGGUUACUAAAAACAGCCACAAGAUUUAGUAAUAGAUAAUUACAGGGCUUUCAAUGAACAUUAAUAUUAUACUAGGUGAUACCAUAUGGUGAUACCAGAGCAAAAAUCAGUGCUCAAUUUUGGUGAGUUCAAAACUGAAAUAAUGUAAUGAUAACAUUUGAAUGAGCCCCAUAACUUUUCAUUCAAGACAUAGUGUCUCAGUAAAUACUUAAAAGAAAAUGCAAAGCAUAAUAAUAAUUAAGUAAACUAUGCAAUUUGUAGUGACAAUAAGGUUUGUAUGUGUGCCUUAUGUAAAGAAUACAUGAUCUAUACACAGACAAAAUGCCCUUUUUGUUUUAAAAGCCAAUUUCUUUGCUUUGUAUCUUUUUUUUGUUUUCAGCACCAAGCCAUGCUUCCACAGCAAGUCUGAGUGACAGACAAAGCCAUCAAAAGGACACUACAAGUGUGGCAUCAAGUCGGGCAAGCAUCAUUCCUACCUACGAUGAUGUUUCUUUGAAUCAGCGUAAUGCAGCAGCAAAUAAAGCUGAGAGGAAUGGAGUUAAUCAGUCUACUGGGCCACCACGGAGGUCAUCAAGGUCGUCACGCUUGUCACUUGAUAGUCAGGAAAAAUCUGUAGAUCAGGGAGGACAGUUUUAUGACUCUGUUGAUGUCGUGACAAAUAUCCCAAAACCCCAGAAACAGGCUGGACCUAAAGAUAUGCCACCAGCUAAACCACCCAGGCUGCAAGUGCUGUACGAUGCAAACUCUGGUACACCCGAAAAUCAUGUGUACGAUGACGUGGAACAGUCUGAACUGGAAGGUAACGAACAACAUAACACUCAGCCAUCAUUAACUGAUACAUCAGCAGUAGGUGGGCUCAGUGCCGAACAUGAGGAUGCUGAACAAGCUGACACUGAUGAUAUUCUAGGAAAUGAUAAUAAUAUGCACACUGAAUCACCAGAGUAUGCCACUUUGGAACCUUUACCAGACACAUCACCUAAUGAUAGUUACCCUACUAAUAAUUACGCAUCUAAAGGUGAUCAAGAAAACCUAUCAAUAAGAGAACAGAAACAAUGUUUACUGUCAGAUGAUAAACAGCCAACCGCUGACACAAAGGGCAGCCCUGUUUUGCAAAACAAAUAUCUUACAGUGCUUCCUCCUACUCCACCCAAAAAGAAUGGAAGUUUGGAUGAAAAUGCAGGCUUGCUUCAGUCCAAUGAAGACUUUGAUCAGAUGAGUGUGAGUCCACCAGAUAAAUCAGUUGCCAAGUCAAGAUCU